CGUCUGGCUGCUGUGUAUGCGAAUGGACGAAGAAUUGUUUGAAGCUGUUGUGAACGAUGAUAAUGAGGCAGUAACGCGCCUCUUGGAAAUGGGAGGGGAUGUUAAUACCCGUGAUGAGGAUGGGAAUUUCACUCUUCUCAUGGAAGCGUGUUUCAACAACAACAAAGAGUUGGUUAAGUUUCUGCUCACUAAAUCAGCAGAUGUUAACGAGACGGGCGAGAGGGGAUGGACAGCUCUGAUAAUAGCAGCUAUGGAAGGGUGUCAAGAGAUUGUUGAUGUGUUAUUAAAGUCAGAAGAUAUCAAUAUAAAUAAGAAGGAUCGUAGAGGAAUGGCAGCAAUCCAUUAUGCUGCCAAGUGUAACCACGUGACCAUUGUAGAGAGACUUUUGGCUUGUUCUGUUCCUGUUGAUAUUAAUGAUAAUUAUGGUUGUACACCACUGUGGUAUGCUGCCUGUAAUGGUUAUGUGCAUUGUGUUGAUAUUCUCCUAAAACAUGGAGCGAGUCCCCAACAUGAGAGGUGA